GGCUCGCUGCGCGUCGCCCGCGGCGCGAGCGGUGAGUCUCGCCCCUGCCGGUCGGCCUGUCUGCCCUCGUUGCUGUGCGUGCGGCUUUUCUUUGGUGGCGGUGACUGUGGUGGUGGCUGUGGCGGCUGUGGUGGUGGUUGUGGUGGAGGUGGCGGCUCUCUGGCUUGGUUUGGUCUGAUGAUGGCUUCUGCCGUUUUGGAGGACCGGCUCCUACCAUUUGCCGCGGGGGUCCCUGCCUCUGGUUUUCUUUCUUUUUCUUUCUCUUGCAGGGGCGGCUCUUGCCUUGGGGUUGCGAUGGCACUUGCCAGUUUCACAGGAGCUCUCGCCACUUUUCACGGUGGUUAUUUCCUUGGUUGCAUUUUAGACUGGUGGCUCUCGCCUGGGGCUUUCAGGGGCUGUCGCCCUUUUCAGCCUGGUUCCCGCCCUGGUUCAGGAUCACUCCUGCCCUGGUUCUCUCGAUGGUUCCCGCCCUGGUUCAGGAUCACUCCUGCCCUGGUUCUCUCGAUGGCUCUUGCCUUUGGUUUUCGGUUUCCGACAUGAUAAAGGGGGCAAGGGGCUAGAUAAGGGAUAUGGAAAUAAAAGGAGUUGGGGGCGUUGGCAAAUGCAUCGAGAUUCCAACUAGACUCAGACCACAUGCAUCUUGUGAUUAAGUGUACUUGACUAUAUAUACCUAAUGAACCUCACUGGCACGAUAGGUUUCAGCGAACCUUUGGGAACUAGAAGGAGAGAAGUGCUUGGGCACACUCGGCUGAGCUGCGCUCCAUCCUCACCAGGACAGGAGCCUUCAGGGCCCGGGGGACCCAAAUUACCAGAGGAGCUUGCCCUAUGCAGGUAGGUAGCUAGACGCUGAUGUGGGGAUGGAUUUGCCACUGGGUUUGAGGAUCUGGGCUUCUAUUUAUCUCACAAGUCCAAAUCACCACCGGAAGCUGAUGAUGGCAUUGUGGCUCCAAAAUACAUGCAACAAACAUGCCAAAGUGGAUGAGUUUGAUG